AGUUAACCUGUUAAUCACUGAUAAAUGCCUUAAACCUGAUGAUUUGACAGUCUGAUGUUUGGCUGGUGGUUUGUGUCUGCAGUUUUUGUGUAGUUAUCCGUGUGAAAUUAAGUGAGAUGAGUGUUUAAGCUGGGGGUCUCACCAUUGAAAAGCACUGUGUUAGUGUCAGUGAGGCCCUAGUGCUGAGUUUCUGUUCAGUUAUAUAACCGUCCAGUAUGGAUUAUAGUCAGUAUAUAGUUUAUAAAAUGUUUGCGCGCUGUGAAAAUGCCUUGUUUAUGGUUAAUUAUUCUUGUGGAAUUGUUUAGCAUGUGUUGAACCGAGUUAAAAUGCCAAGUAGCACUUUAAAUAUCCUGGCUCCGCCCAUUGUCCCGCCCCCUGCCCCGCCCCUUAUUCAGCUGAUAGUGUGUGUUGAGUCGUGUCCUUGUGGAUUUAUUCUGCACUUCCUGCUUUGUUUCUGUUUGUUGGAGCAAAGUGGGUCUUGUUCCUCAUCCUGGUGAGUGCUGGAUAGAAGUGUUUGUUUUACAGGAAGAACUUGUUUGACUCACCGACACUGAAUAUUGUAAUGGAUUUUAAAAGGCUGGAUUGAGAAGAGCUGACAAAUCAGUGCUGAUGGUGGUGUUGUGUCUCCUCAGCCAUGCAGUCCUGCAGCAUUCAUCACUGUGUCCUGUUCUUCCUCACCCUCACAUUCACCACUGCUCCUGUAUCAGCUGCUGUCUGUUCUACAACAGUGAAGCUUCAUCAGUCUGUCACUCUGUCAUGUGAAUAUAAAUGUUCUGGUUCAGUCAAAUGGGCCUUAUUUAAUAAUCGAGAUGUUGUCCUGGCUCGGUGUAAUAAGACAUCAUGCAGCUCACUGAAGAAGGGAUAUGAAAUGUCUCAUGAUCAGUACCUGAAGGGAGAUCUCUCUCUCACCAUCACUGCAGCUGAUUACAGUAAGAGGAACACAUACGCGUGUGAGUGUGGAAUCUCGGAAAUCUCUACUGUGCGCCUCAGCAUUGAGACUGUGUUCUCAGCAGUUCAGAUGAAUCCUGGUGAAGAUCUGAUCCUGGAUUUGAGCGUACCAGAGCCAGUGGAGGUGAUUUAUAAAAGCAGAGAUUCAGCUGUUGGGGAACAGAUCUGCACUGUGACUCAACGCUCACUACAGUGUAAAGCUGAAUACACACACAGAACAUCACUCAGUCACCCAGAGCUCACACUGAGAGACGUGCAGCCGAGUGAUAGUGGAAGUUACACCAUCCGGGACCUGAAGAAUAACGAAGACCUUCGUGUGUACACCGUCUCUGUGGCAGGUGAGAGGAUUCCUUGGUGGAUAACUGUUCUAUUGAUAGUGCUGCUGGUGGUGAUUCUGCUGCUGGCUCUCACUGGAUUUAUAAAAUACCAAAAGAAUGCAGUCCAUCGGGAAUUCCUAAAGGUGAGCAAACAGCUGGAACAUGUGAACAAGCUUAUACAGCAGGCUGAACGUGGGAACGAACAGGUCAGUGAGGCAGAGGAGGCAAUGAAGGAGCUGGAACAGCAGUACAGAGAGAACCCUAAAUAUUCAGAACAGAUCAAAUUGUUCUGCAAGGCGAAGAGAGCAGAGCUGAAACAGCGCAGUGGUGAAGAAGGAGAAGGACUUCUGCUGACUGAGAGAGGAGGGCAGAUGUUGAGGAAGAUGGAGGAGGUGAUAAACAGUUUACAGCGACUCAGUGGUGAUGGAGCAGAACACCUGCAGGAUACGAGCUCUGGCAACAUUGCAGAGACGGAGAACGAUCUGGCUGAGAUCGAACAGUGGUGUAGAGAGAAGAGGGCGGAGUUAAACAACCUCGUACAGCAGCGCAGAGGUGGAGAGCCUGAAGGAACAUCUGGAGGAAAUCAGACAGUGGUGCAGAGAGAAGAGAGUGAAGCUCCAUGAUCUCGUACAGCAGUGCAGAGGUGGAGCAGUGUGAGAGUUUACAUUUACAUAGUUAGAGUUUUAAUCUUUUGGAAAAAUUUUAGUUUUCAUUCACUCAAAAGGCUUAUUGUUAAUUUUACUUCAGAAUUAAAACAUAUUUCGGGGAAAAAAAAAAAAAAAAAAAAAAACUAAAGGAAUUUUAGCCAACUAUUUCUCCUUUUAUAAGGAAGUGUGUGCAUUUACUAGCGUUAUUGUAAUAAGAAGUUUUAUUACGCUGAAUGCACUUACUAAUUUCAGUAAUUUUGUUCAGGAGUUAUCAGGUAAGCUCAUUGCAGCUAGCUAGGAUUAUAACAGCCUAACAAGACAGUUUGUGUAGCAGAGCAUAAAACAGUUUAUUAUAAAAGAACAUCACUGUGAGCCAAAAGGAUGCUUAUGAGGCAUGUAAGGAGUGUUCCAGCAUCUUUCUCUAGUCGGUUAAACUCCUGGAUAAACACCUCGAUGCUGCAUUCCCUGUUUAUCCCUGUUUUACAAACAACAGAUGGCUGAACGAGAUCCAGCUUGUGGCAAUUUUCGGUGCUGAAAACACAAGACUUUACAGUGUUAACACACGGUUAUUACUGCACUGUGAAUGAAUAACAGAAAAAUGAAUAUUUCUUUUGGACUUGCUCUGCAGGGCAGUUUAUUGCACAUGUACAGCGUCCUCCAUAAUGCUUGGGAGAAAGGCUUAUUUAUUUGCCUCUGUACUCCACAGUUUUCAAUUUGUCCUCAAACAAUUCACAUGUGGUUAAAGUGCACAUUCUCAGGUUUUAAUGAAGGAUAAUUUUAUACAUUUUAGUGUAACCAUGUAGAAAUUACAGUACAGAACUCGGCUUCAGAUGGCUGAGUUUGGAGAACGCUCUAAUGUGGGAAGUAGGAGGUUCUGUGCUGGGAGGUUACGAGUUCCCACUUGUCACGAACGCAGCACUGGAAACUCAGGAUGGUGUCUCCUCCACCCGUGACGUCAAAUCAACAUGGCUGCUCACAGCAUCAACAGCAUUCCUUACAUGAGUUAUACAAGUAUAUUAAAUUAGGUGAGUUAUACUAUACACAGUUACGUGCUCAGGAUCAAUUAACAUGCAGACAUAUGCGCUUGUUCCUGUACAUCUUUAACACUGACUGUACACAUCACUACUUUAAGGAGAUGCAGUAAAUAAUCACUCAUAACUACCUGGCUAGCUUGCUGCUAACAAAACAUUAACCUGGAGGCGUCCAUGUUUUUUCCCCCUUUUGAAAGCACUGAGGUUGAAAACGACGUCAUUCCGAGCUUGGACUUCUCACCUCUGAGUUACAGAAUACAGCAUUAUCACUCAGAAAUCUGCCAAAAGAGCAGUUUUAUUCAACAAUUUCUGUACAAAUACACGCAGCUCUGUUCAGGAUUAGCUAACUAACAACAACCACUGUAGUGUGUAGUGUAGGUUUUAGUGCAGUGUGUUGUUACUAACUCUGUGUGACCUGAUCACCAUGAUGUAUGAAAUGAAGCGUAUUACCAGGAGGUGGAGGAACACCAACAGUCAUCAUCCACAGCCUCUGCUACACUGCCUGUCACGUGUUCAUAUUCUGUACAGCACAUAUCAUUAUACAUAUUUAUUCAUCAUAUUGUACAUAAAGUACAUUUUUCUAUUUUUUCUCAUAUGCUGUUUCGUUCAUUUCACUUGCAGUGCACAUUGCACAUGUUUAUGAAGCACAAAAUCCUUUUGCACAUUCUGCUGCAGAUAUUCCUUGGUAUAUUUUUUCAUAUUCUUUUAAUUUUGUUCAUAUUUAUAUUAAACAGUCGAUCUGUAUGUA